GAGGCGGCGGCCCGGGUCGCGGCGGAGUGGGAGGCCUCGGGGCGGGAGGAGGCGGAGCCGGAGGCCCGGGCCGAGGCGGCACAGGUGGCUGCGGCUCCGGCUCUGCGGGUACUCUUGCGCCUGGUUGCCCGCCGCGAGCCCGGCGUGCGUGGUCCAUGGUGGGGUUCAGGCUUCCUCCAGAAGAAGUGAAGUGUGUCGUGGAAGGCGCGCUGCGGCUGUGAGAUCUUGGGCCGAGAUGAGUUCCGAGAUGCUUCUCGCAUCACCCCCAUCGCUUGGCUCAGACCCUUAGCAGCGGCAAAAUUUGGGGUCUUUCUGCCUUACGACGUGCCCACCUACACGCUUCUCGGUGCCUUGGCAACGCGCGACGGGGCGUGGCCUCACAGAGACCAGACAGUACUAGUGGGCAGAGGCAACCUGUACCCUAGUAACUGUCCACCAUCCCACAACCUUGAGAGAGGGGGGUGUCCUUAUCCUAUAGCGUGGAUAAAAAGAUCAUUAUGCCUAUUUCAAAAGCAGCCUCAGGAUUUUUUUUUUUUUUUUUUUUUUUUUUUUUUGGAGACAGGGUCUCAUAUAACUUGAGCUAACUUCGAACUCUAUGUAGCAGAGUGAAGAUGACGUUGAGUUCCUGAAUCUUUUGCCACCACCACCACACCACCUUCUCAAGUGUCUGACUUUAAAACCUGUACCAUCACAGGAAGAAUUCCUACCCCUGCCUCCAUGUAUUCGUUCAUUCACUCAUUCUGCAAAUAUUUGUACAGUGGCCACCCGGCUCCAGGUGCUGUUGUUUGUGGCACUGAACGUAACAAGGAACAAGCCUCCCUCUUUAUUUAGCCUUUAACCAGUGGUGCAAAUGGGAAAAACCCAGUCACCAGAAUAACUCUUAUUUACAAAACUGGUAAAAGCUGUGCAGAGGAACCAGGAAACUGAACCGUUUCCUGGAGUGUGAAUGCUGUGCUGGGACUCCACUUAGGGCAGUGUUGGGGAAUUCCACUUCACUUCUUCCGGAUGCUCGGAGCUCCUUCAAGCACUCUGUGGGAAGCCGUCCAUAAUCAUGGCAAGUUCAAGACACCCAGUGUCAGCCCAUGCUGUAGCCCUGGUGCAGAUGGACCGACUCCAGACAUUUGCCUUCUCCGUGUGCUGGUCAGACAACAGUGACACCUUUGCUCGCAGGAGCUGGGAUGAGUUUAGGCAGCUCCAGAAGACCCUUAAGAAAACCUUCCCCGUGGAGGCAGGCCUGCUACGGAGAUCUGAAAGAGUUCUUCCCAAGCUUCCUGAUGCUCCAUUGCUGACACGUCGGGGGCAUACUGGCCGGGGCCUGGUACGUUUGCGGCUGCUGGACACCUAUGUACAGGCAUUGCUAGCAACCUCAGAGCACAUAUUGAAGAGCUCGGCACUCAAUGGCUUCUUUGCACCUAAACCUCUGGAUCUGGAGCCCAUGCUGCCUCCUGGCAGCCUGGUGAUCCUGCCCACACCAGAGGAGCCCUUACCCCAACCUACAGACAGCCUUGCUAUUCAUAGUCUGGAGGCUCAGAGUGUGUGCUGUUUACAGCCUUUCCACACUCUUGACACAAGAGACAGACCUUUCCACACUCAGGCCCAAGAAAUUCUGGACAUAUUACUACGACAUCCUUCAGGCUGGUGGCUGGUGGAGAACAAGGACCAGCAGACAGCCUGGUUUCCAGCUCCCUACCUGGAGGAGGUUGCAACAGGCCAAGGGCAGGAAUCAGGCCUGGCUUUGCAAGGAAGUGGGAGGCAGUUCUGUGCUACCCAGGCCUAUGAAGGCAGUCGCCCUGAUGAACUAUCCGUGCCCUCAGGGGCACGUGUACAUGUGCUGGAACCCUCAGACCGAGGCUGGUGGCUGUGCAGGUAUAAUGGCCGGACAGGCCUGCUUCCUGCAGUGUUGCUGCAACCUGAAGGGCUGGGCUCCCUCCUGGGCAGGCCAGGGCUCCCAGACAGUGGUGGGGCAGACAAGGUGGCUGAGGAUAGGACCAUUCCCCCUGUAGUACCAGGUCGCCCCUGUAGGAGUGCUAUCCAGAGCCGAUGCUGCUCCAUCACCCGCAGGGCACUGGGACUGGGACAGGAACAGGGAACCCAGGAUCCCUCUUGAGGACUGUAUAGUCCUGCAGAGGUUGUACUGUCAAAGCCAACCUCAGGUAAAGCAGGGAUGGCAAAGCAAGGAUCCAGACCUCACCCAGCAAGCAGCAUGAGGGUGGAGCUCUAUGGCUGGCAGGGCCUCAGGUCAGCCAACUUUCUAUUUCCUCUAAAUAAAACUGGAAUGACUUCAA